CUAACGACCGAUCCAGCACCGAUCCGCCUCCAUGAAGGAACAGAGGCUAGAAAAUGGUACGCGAGACUCGACAUCUUUGGGUAGGAAACUUGCCCGAAACGGUACGAGAGGACAAGCUAAGGGAGCAUUUUAAAAGAUCCAAUCACCCGCGGCUGUCGUCCGGAGGCGGCGUUGGCGGAAGCAGUAGUGGCACCACCACCAGUGGAGGAGCCGGUUGGUACAGCGGUCCCAGCGGUGGCACCGCCAGCAACGAUACCAGCCAGCAGAUAUCGAUCUCGCAGCCCCACGCCAUCAACCAUCAACCGCUCGGCGGCAGCGUUGGCUCGAUAGCACCCUCACAGCUGUCAGACAGCGGAGGAGGCGGUGGAGCACCAGGCGGCGGAGGAACAGGGGGCGUAAACAACAACAACAACAAUAAUAAUAAUAACAACAGCUACGAUGGCUAUGCCGUAAAGAAGAAGCAACUGCAGCAACAAUCACUCCCGAAGUCAUCUCACCGGUCCGGUUCUGGGUCGGAGUCACCCGGCAGUAACCACGGCAAUAACAACAACCACCAGAACCACCAUCACCACCACAACCACUAUCACCACCAGCACCAGCACCAGCACCAGCACCACCACCAUCGCCACUCGCGGACCGCGUCGCCGGUGCAGCAGCAGUACCACCAUCAUCACCAUCCUUCCUCCGGUGGCGGCGGUGUGAUCGGCGAUCGGUCGCAUCAUCACAACCACCACCACAAUCAUCACCACCGGGGGGACGGCAGCGGUCACCAUCAGGCGGCGCCGCAGCAGCACCAUCCGAACCACCACGCGCAGCCGUCGUACCACCAGCGCCACCAGCGCCGGUCGGUGUCCCGGUCUCGGUCGCGAUCGCCCAGCAGCAGCAGCUCGUCCACCUGCUCGUCCUCGACGUCGCACAGCCAGGGCGGCGGUAUUGCGAGCCACUCGCAACACGACGCUGGCACGACGACGAACCUGUCGGGACGUGGCACGCACGGCAGUAGCAGCGGAGGAAACAGCGUCGGUGGCGGCACCAGUGGCAGCGGAGGAGGAGGAGGAGCUGGUCUACCGCCGUCCUCGGUUGGUGGUUUGUUGCCAUCGCUGCCGUCGUCCUAUGGCCGCGAUGCUGCCGCAAGCUGCGCACCGUCCACAGCCGCGGCUGGAGUAAUAGGCGGCGGCGUGCUGCCACCACUCGCCAGCGGAAGGACCCUGCUGCAGUCGGCGAUCUCGACGGCGGCGGCAUUAGCGGCGGCGGCGGCGGCAGCAACAGCAGCGGCGGCCUCGUCGACGACGACACAUCUGGGAGGCGGUGGCGGCGGCAACGCUAAUAAUGCAGCUAACGGUCCAAUCGGAAGCAGCAGCAGCAGCAGCAGCAGCAGCAGCAGCAGUAGCUCGAGCAGCUCGAGUAGCAGCAGCAGCAGCAGUAGUAGCAGUGGUGGCUCCAGCCAUCAUCAUUCCAGUGGUGCUGGUCCAGCGGGAGGAAGUGGUGGUGUACCGACCAUCACCGCCACCACCAUCAACCACGCCGCAGCGGGACAGCAGCAGCAGCAGCAGCCAACGACAGCGAGUGCGGGUGGAGGUGGAGGGCUCAGCAACGGUGGCGGCGGAGUCGGUGCCAGCAGCAGCAGCGGCGGCGGCGGCAACAGCAAUCUGAUCAACUUCAACUCGGACGACAACCGGCCGCUGGCGAUCUGCGUGCGAAAUCUCCCCGCCCGCUCGUCCGACACCUCGCUCAAGGAUGGCCUGUUCCACGAGUACAAGAAGCACGGCAAAGUGACGUGGGUGAAGGUGGUCGGCCAGAACACCGACCGGUACGCGCUCGUCUGCUUCAAGAAGCCGGAGGAUGUGGAGAAGGCGCUGGAGGUGUCGCACGACAAGCUGUUCUUCGGCUGCAAGAUAGAGGUGGCCCCGUACGCGGGCUACUACGACGUCGACGACAACGAGUUCCGGCCGUACGAGGCGGAGCUGGACGAGUACCAUCCGAAGUCGACCCGCACGCUGUUCGUCGGCAACCUCGAGAAGGACAUUACCGGGAGUGAGUUGCGCAAGCAGUUCGAGUGCUUCGGCGAGAUCAUUGAGAUAGACAUUAAGAAGCAGGGUGCGAGCGCGUACGCGUUCUGUCAAUAUUCGGACAUAGUGAGUGUAGUGAAAGCGAUGCGCAAGAUGGACGGCGAGCAUCUCGGCGCGAACCGGAUCAAGCUCGGCUUCGGCAAGUCGAUGCCGACCAACUGCGUGUGGCUGGACGGGGUGGCGGACAGUGCGAGCGAGAACUAUCUCGUCGCCCAGUUCAACCACUUCGGCACGGUCUCGCAGGUGAACGUCGACCGGGAGCGCCGGCUCGCGCUGAUCUACUACGAGCAGGUGCAGCAGGCGCAGGCGGCCGUCAAGGAGAUGCGCGGCGUGACGCUGCGCGGCCGCAAGCUGCAGGUGGACUUUGCGUCCCGCGAGUGCCAGGAGGCGUUCUUUGAUAAGUUAGAUAAGCAGCAGCAAUCGGCGGCUGGAGGCGGCGGCGGCGGCGGUCCCGAACGGAUAUCGUCGUCCUUCGGGUCGCCCCGCUUCGGUAGCAACAAUAGUGGUAACAGUGCUAGUGGUAACAACGGUAGUAGUGGUGGUCUCGGUGUCCACAGUGGAAACAGUGCCGCCGGAAUCAAUAGCAGUAGUGGUAAUAGUAAUAGGGAAGGUAGCAGUAGCAGCAGCAGCAAUAGCUCAUUGAGCCGGAAUCGCGCGUCCGAGCGUGGCGGCGGUUCUUCGUCGUCCUUCAGUCGACCGAGCAAUCCGCUUACCGCCGUCGGAAACGUUGGUGCCAUCGCUGGUGGCGCCUCGCCCCGCGUUGACCCGCUAUCGCUGUCGUCCUCCGCCACCGCCUCGUCGACGGGUUUGCUGUCGUCGUCGCUCGGUGCCGGGGGAGGCGCUGGUAGUGCUCGGGGCGGCAACGGUGGGUCGGGGGGUGGAGGAGGGGUUGGCGGCCCGAUGGGUGUCAACUCCUCCUCGUCGUCCUCGUCGCGGUCGCGGAUCGUGCGGUACUCGAGCGAGGACUACUACUCGGAAGGCGGAAACGCCGGUGGAGCCGCCGGCAUCGGCGAUCGGAUCGAAGCGCCGCGGCGAUUUCGAAGCUACGACGAGUACAGCCAGGGGUCGGCCGCAAGCUCUACGCACGAGGACGACCGAUACGACCACCACGAGCACAACAACAGCAGUGGUGUGAGUGGGACCCGCGGCAGCAGCAGCGGUGGCAGCGGGAACAUUGGCAGUACGCUCAUCGAUCGGCUGGCUGGCGGUGCGGCCAGCCUCGCCCACCACCUACACCAUCUCGUUGGGUCGAUCGAUUCGCCCACGGCGGGAGGAUCGUUGCCCGGUGGUGGCGGCGGUCUUACCUCCACGAUACAAUCGCGGUUAGGUGAGACCGACCUCCAAGCAUCCGCUCAGGUGACCGGUGGAGCUGUAGCUGUUGGCGGCAGCAGUUUACGGAAACGCAGCGAAAAGAGUUCAGGUGGCGAUAGCAACAACAUACGCUACCUGCAGAAGGAGCGUGUACAUAUACUAGAACAGCUAGAAGAAUGCCCGUCCAGUGGCGAUGAGCUGGUGAGCCCAAAGAAGCGUAUCAAAUACAACUCGGACGGGCACCAUCACCAUCACCACCACCAUCACCACGGAGGAAGCGAUUCCGAUCGUGACCACCACCGGGAUCUGCGCGAUCCAUCCCCUGGCGUCAUUGUUGUGGCCGGCGCCGGUUCUGCAGCUACCGCGGCUGGCGGCAAUACCGGGAGUGGCAAUAUGCUGCACCAUUACAACAGCCACCACCACCACCAUCAUCACCACCAUCCGCACCAUGGUAGCAACAACAGUGAUGGUGGUGGCGGUACGACAGGAGGAGGAGGAGGAGGGAUCGGAUCGAUCGGUGGCAUCCAGUCAUCGUCUGCGCUGACCCACCGCAAGUCGAUGGAGGUGCGCCGGUUGUCCGAGUGUAACAUCCAGCAGUCGAAGCAAUCCGUCUCGUCGUCAUCGGCGGGUUCGCUCGUGGGUGGAAACAGUAGGAGACCUUCCACAGACAGCAGCUCGUUACAGCAGCGGCACGUGAAUGCUUCCAGCAGUAAUAACUCGCAGCACCACCUGCCGACGGAAGGACCCACCACGAACCAUUCGCUCUACUCGCCGCACCAUCACCUGAGCAAACGAAGGAAAAUGAUCGGUGAUGGACUGGCACCAACUGCGACAGUCCUGGCCAACAGCAGCAAUAACAACAGCAGUAGUAGCACGGCAACGGGAGGAUCAUCGGCAUCGUCUUCUUCUUGGGCGGCAGCGAAUGCGGGCACCACAGCAGGGACGAGUCUAUCAACCUCCAACGAACAUCACCAUUCUUCGCGGGGUCGAGGUCACCAGCUACACUCGAUACAUUCUCACGAGGCUAGUGGGGGCGAGAGUGCCGAUGGGUCGCGUCCCGGCACGCCCCUAUGCGACGAGCGGCCGGAAAACUUGCUGCUCCCGAGCGAACCCCGCCGGAUACCAACGGCACGAUCGUACAACCAGGAGCCGAUGGAGCUCCCACUGCCCCGCUUUGCCGUGCAGGUGUUCCAGCAGAACCGACUCAAUGCAAUCCAUCAGCAGCAGCAGAGUGGUAGUGCGGGAGGAGGUUCGUCCUCAGCUUCCUCCUCAACUUCGUCUGCGGUGGUGCCGUCAACCGUCGUCAACGCCUCCUCGUCCGUUGAACGGCAGAUCUCGUCCGGGUCGUCUUCGGCAGCCGCGACACCAUCGACACCGUCCACCGUCGCUACGCCAACAACCCCGCUCCCGUUUUCGACCGCGGUCAGCGGCAGCGGCACCUCCGCUGGAUCACAAUCGGCCGCCACCAACUCCUCCGCUGCGAUCAACCCGAGUCUCUCUUCGCUGGCGGCGAAUUCUAGUCUACUACAGAGCAACAGCAACGCCCUCACGAGUCCUCCGCCAGUAGCAGUGGCCGCGUCGGCCAGCAAGUCGUCCGGAGGAGCUGCGUCCAUUGGUGGUUUGCCGUUGCUCGGGGAGUCGUCGGUGAGCGAAAUGGUGCCGGCAAGUCCACCGCCACGGGCCCCCUCCGUUAGCUCGACGUCAAGUGAUUCUAGCGACCUCGGCAUGUCACUGGACGAGCGCAUCAAGACACUGGACGAAAAGUUCGAGAAGUGGUCCGGUAGUACCCAGGCGGCUUCCGUCACUCGGCUUGGUGGUGGUGGCAGCGUCAAUGCGUCAGUCCCCCCGAUUGGUAGCGGUACCAGUGGGAACGCGAACGAGCUCCACUUUGGACUGAAUGAUCGACUCCAUUACCACCAUCACGGAUCGUCCGGGAAAAUGACGUCUUCGUCCUACAACCACCAUUCCUCUUCAUCCUCCCACCACCACCACCACCAGCACCACCUGCCGCAACAGCAUGCGUCUCCGUUCCACAAUCCGGGCGUAGGUGCUGCGGGACUGCUGAACCACCACCAUCAUCACCACCUACCGCCGCAUCAUCACAUUCACCAACACCACCAGCCGACAGCGUCGUCGUUGUCCCCAUCACCGCUAUCCUCGUCUUCCUCGGCCGCCGGCAGCUCGUUUCGCACGAAGUUUCUCGAUCUCGACGUGCACGAGCUGCCCCCGUCGGACAUCGUCAAGUCGGUGCUGUCGAAAAAGUCCAUCUUCGACGAGGACCUCAAGCGGUUGGAGAACAUCGACGACAAGUACGAACCGCGCGACUUCUCCAACUACUCGAAGCAUAGCACCGCACUGGUGGCCGCAUCCGCUGGUACCAUUGCGACCGUGCUCGGCAACAGCAUAGCGUCCGUGAUCGCUGCGGCGGCGGCGGCGGGAGGACCAGCAGCAGCAACAGUAUCGCCGGUGGUGAAUAGUGUUACGCUCGCGACAACACCCUCGGCCAGCCAAUCACCUGUUCAUCUGGGUUCGCUCAAAACGGCACCAACCGCAGCUGCUGCUCCGGCGGUGCCAAGCGGUACUACGGCAAGCUCGGCUCCAACGACCCCCAUCACGCCGACGACCGUCAGCUUACCGAGGAUCAGUGGAAGUAGCAGUAGCACCUCCGUUUCGCCGAUGAACAGCCCGCAGCCGUACAACAGUCCCAACCCUUCGGUGAAGUCCACUCUCCAGUAUCCGUUCCCCAGUCACCCACCGGCGGUGGCGGCGGCUGCAGCGGCAGCAGCAGCGGCGGCUGCGGCAGCAUCAGGUCAACCAUCAACCACCGUCGCCUCCUCUUCUCCACCGUCUUCUGGAAGCACCGUUGCAACAGCAACGACGACGACGACGGCGGCAGCUGGCAGUGACAAUGGAGAGUCCAGCAGCACAACAACAGCUACGUCGUCCCCGUCCGUUAAUCAUAAAGAUAACACUAGUAAUACGACACACAGUAGCAGUUCACACUCCGGUACUGCUAUGACGACUACGUCCUCUACAAUACCUUCGACAAGCGCUGCUGCCUCAACAACGGCCGGUGUGACGACACUAACGACGACCACAACCACCACUACCAUCACUUCCACUGCUACUACAUUGUCCUCGUCAUCGUCCUCGUCGUCGUCGUCAACCAGUAAACCAAAGACCAAUGUUUUAAAUAAAAGUAUUAGUUUAACGGAAAAAACAAGUACAAACGCUAGCGGUAACAACAAUAAUAAUUUAAUGAACAAUAGUAAUAGUGUAACUACUAGUGGUAGCGGCAACGGCAGCAGCAGCGGUGGUGGUAGAGCCAGUGCAAAUCAUCUGUCCUCUUCUUCAUCUUCAACUUCGUCGUCGUCGUCGUCAUCGAGUAAUAAUAGUGGCGUGACGCAGAAACAUCAGCAGCAGUCCGCCAGCGGCAGUCGAGCAUCGGUUGUGAAAGAUGCGGUCGGAGGAGGAGCCGUUCAAUCGACAUCACUACCACCCCCGGGGAGCACGAACGUCGGCACGGUUAAGGGUGGUUCCGAUGACGGUGGUCCACCGGCGGCAGCGGCGGCGGCGCACAUGCAUUCCAGUAGUAGCAGCCUUAGCAGUGGAGUCGGAAAGGCGACGGAAAGUGACGCGACGGUGGCCAGUGGUGGAAGCAGUAAAGGCAGCAACAGCAGCAGCAACAAGCAUCACAAAGAUCGACGGAAACUAUCAACGGCAUCGUCUACCUCGUCGACCUCGUCCAGCAGUGUGGUGUCGUCACCGAAUGCCGCUGCUGCCAUGGCGGUGGGUGCAAGUUCGGUCGAUGAACCGGCAGAGGAAGUGGCAGCCAAUGCCGCUCCAUCGGUGGUACCAUCGUCGGAUACGUCGGCCAGCAAAUCGUCCAAGCAUUCGUCGAGCAAAUCGUCGAGCAAAUCGAAUUCGCACCACCACAAGGACCACCAUCAUCACCAUCACGGUGGUGGCAGCAUCGGAGGCGGCAGUGGCCACCGGCAUCACAGUGACAGCGUGAGCAGCACAAGCAGUACGAGCAGUAGUAGCAGUACAGCAAAGAAUCUUCACAACAAAGAAAACCACGUGGAGCAUCUUCCAGGUGCUGCUGCAGGCUUUGCCGCCGGUGGUGGCAACAGUGCCUAUCGGGACGAGUUUGAUCGCUUGAAGCAGGAGGCGGCUGCGGCGGCUGCAGCAACGGCGAUUGCAAGUACGAACAACAUUAAUAUCAUCGUUCCAUCUGGCGGAGGUUCUUCCUCCAAGCGAAGGGAUAAUAAAGACGAUGAAGAGCAACUGCCGGCGUUACAUCAACAAGGACAUCGGCAGGGAAAAUCAUCGACCGAUCGGGAAAAGGACACCCCGGCUCUGGUCGGUGGGGAGGAGAAAGAGCAGCGUAAGCAAUCGCGCGAUGAUGACAUGGAGAAGGAACUACACGAAAAGGAACGUAGUAGUAGGGCCAAGGGCGGUGCAGUGGCUUCGUCCGGUGAUACGGUGGAGAGGGAAUCUUCGGCGAACCAGAAGAAUCAUCUUCACCGUCAUCAUCACCACGAUGAGCCGGGCGCACAACAGCAACACCAUCAUCACCAUCACCGGGAGCGCUCCACAUCGGAUAAAGAUCGACGAGAUCGGGUAAACUCAACCGGUAGCGGCUCUCCCGCCCGAAGUUCCUCCAAACGACGGCUCAGCUCGCAGGAUAGCAUCGAAUCGACCCUGGAAGAAACGAACUCGGUGAAGAAAAUUCGCUCCAAUGUAUACCAGGACGGCCAAGAGACGGGAACGGGUCCGAAGAUUAACGAGCGGCGUGAUUCCGGUAAGGAAAGUCGUAAGGAAGGUGGCAAACAUCACCACAAAACGAGCGGCAACGGUCACAACCAUCGAUCGGAGAAAACAUCCUCUAAGACGUCGUCCGGCAGUGGUACUACUCCAUCGUCCGAGAAAGUCCCAUCCUCGAUGAACAACGCGUCCUCGAAGUACCUGCAGCAACCUGGCGGCGAGAAUCACCAUACUACCACCGAAAAGCAGCAACAGCAAGCGUUCCUGCUUGAAGAGCGCCGCAAGGAGAUCAUGCUUUCCGGUGAGGAUCAUCUUCGCCAUCAGCCGCCGUCCGGUGCCAGCAGUGCUGGUAGUGGCAGCGGCGGAGGUGGUGGUGGAAGCCAUCACAAGCGCAAGGAGCGGUACCACGAGUCGAAGCACAAGUCGAAGAAAAAUCGUGACCCUUCGCGAGACAAGGAGAACACGCAGAGCGCCAACUUCCCCGCGGACAGCUACGGUGAAAACCGGUCGACCAGCGACGAGGAAGAGCAGAACCGCCGAAUACGCUACAAGAAGGAGCGCAAGGAGCUGCAGGAGUUUGCAAAGCAACGCUUCCACCACAGCGCCUCGAGCGGUGGUGGUGGUGGAUCUGCCGGCGGUAUGGGACUGGACGCGUCGAGUGCGACUACCCCUGGCGGUGACCACUACAAGAAGUAUAAUUGUAGCCGUGCGGAUCGCAAAUCAUCACAGCCCGUUAGCCGUGCGGAAUCAUCGGCUGAGGAGGGUGUUGGUGGACCGACAGGAGGAGCCGUGAGGGAGAAGAAAAAGUGCCGCUCGAAUAGUAGCCGCAAACCGGCGAACAGCAACUCGGACGAUACGGACGACUCGGACGAGCCGAAGAAGCAUUCAAUCUUCGACAUUCCCGACGACUUCGGGCCGAAUAUCUCGAUGUACGACAAGGUGAAGGCACGCUCGUGCAAGAACAUGCAGAAGCAGGAGGAGGAGAAGAAGAUUCGGGCCAAGUUCUCACAGCUCAAGCAGUGCCGGGCGAAGCGGGAGGGUAAGAAUCGCUCCAAGAGCUGGGAAGAAGGCGAUGAGUCCGACUCGGAGGACGGUAUGAACUCGGACGGGACGGUCAACAGCAAGUACAAUCACCACCACAAGGAGCACAACAAGAGCGGCAUGGUGACGACAACGGACGACGAAGAGGAUCGCGUUCCGACGACACCUCGCUCGUCGUCACGCCGCCAUCAUCACUUGAAGGAGUCGUCGUUGGCGUCCGAUUCGGGUGACGAGGGUGGAACGACGGAUCACCAACGCGAUCGCGAGCAGCAAGAUCGUCGUCACCAUCACCAGCAUCAGCAUCAUCAUCAUCGGGCAAUCUUCAAUCGGGACCGGUUGAAUGAUCUGUGCGAUGAUGAAAGCAGCGAAGGUGGUGGCAACAUACACGGUACCGCCGGUCGGGACAAACGACCGCUUCUCCAGCAGCAGCAGCAGCAGCAGCAGCAGCAGGUGCAAAAGCAACGUCAAACCUCCUACCACCAGGAGAAAAGCUCACGGCGCAGUUCGGGCGAGGACAAAAAGUCGUCCUCCCGCAAGGGAGGCUCCCGAGGUUCGACGCGCAUCCAAUCGGACACGGAAACGGACGACGAAGGGACGAGGACGAACGAUCGUACGAAAAAUACAGUCACAACCGGCGGUGCUGCUGCCAUGGGCAGCAAUAGCAUGAUUCCGGAUGCCGAAUUUGAUCGAAUCAAUGAUAAAAUUGGACGUAUGUUCGCCGGAUCUACCCCCUAUACCGCCGAUGUGGAGCUCAAAAUCAAGAAGGAACUCAAAAGCGACGAUGAGAUUUCUUCGCACUUGGUCGAAGAUAAGAAACCGCCGUCAUCGUUGACCGUCAAGAUGGACCUGAGCUCCUCGUCCGGGGCUCCUAAGGAACAAAAACCAUCGGUUGCGGCGAUGACGACGGCUGGCUCGUUUGCCCUCAUUGCCAGUGACAUUUCCGAUGACGAUCUGGUGAAAACGGUCGUCAAGUCGGAGUACGGACAACCGACCACGACUGUGGCUGUCAUCAAGCAGGAAACAAAGGAUAUGGUAGCGUCGACGUACAAACAGCAUAAGGAGCGCAACCGUGACCAACCAUCGGUACCACCACCGGCUUGCGAUCAAUCCGGCUCGGACGGUGGUGAUCUAAUGGCGCACCAAAUGACACCCAAAACGGAACAGCAACAGCAGCAACAUUCCGAUUCCAAGAGAAAACAUAAGAAGAAGCAAAAGCGCAACAAAACGCUGGAUGGAAGCUUCGAGCAGUUGGAAAAGGACCCCUCGUCUACUACGGAAGCAGGAAGUGGUGAAAACGCAUCGAUUGGAGCGACCACAACUCCAGCUUCGAUCGCGUCGUUGGCGGCCGACGGUGGAAGUGGCGCUUCGGCAACGAUGGCAGCAACCAUCGCAACCGUUGUUCCGAAUGCACCCGUGGCCAACACACCUUCUUCUGCAAACGUCCCGACGACAGCAUCGACAACUAGCACUGUCGACGAGUCGAUGAAGAUGAAACAACAGCAACUGGCUGACGAUCAUCAGUCAUCGUCCUACAACAAGAAGAAACACAGCGGUAAGAAAGACAAGCGACGCGAUCGCUCCAAGGAGGACUACGAAAGUAAGUCCUCUUCGUCCAGCCGAUCGAAGAAAUCGAAAAAUCGUCACAAGGAAAGCAGCGGCGGUGGUGCUGGAGGUGGUGGAAGUAGUAACAGCAGCACUAGCAAAUUCCUCGACAUGGACCUAUUUGGGCCGAUAUCGGACGAAGAGUCGCAGCACUCCUCGGUUGAAACGGAAGCAUCACACGGUGGAAAGCAAGGUUCGCUCGAGCCAGACGACCAAGGGCCAAGAAUGGAAGAUGAAGUGCCGAAAGGCAGCUCCAAGCAACAGCAGCAGGAUCAGCAGCUUGUUGCGGAUGUUCCCAUCAACGAGCCCGCGUCUAAGAACCCGAGCGCUCCCGCCAUGCCUGCAGAUAGAGUACCUCCAACGACGGCGGCGUCGCUCUCGAUAGGAAACAAAUCCGGCACGAUGGAAGAGUCACAAAAAGAACCACAACAAUCGUUCGGUUCCGCGCUUCGCAACGCUGGUAAGCUGCCGGAUCAGCAGUCGAACACCACAUCAUCGACUUCGGCCGCUGGAGGCGGUAGUGAGCUGACGGAGAAGGAGCUGGCGCGCAAGGAAGAGUCGCGCAAACGUAAAGAAAAGCGCCGACGGGAGAAGCAGCGUGCUUCAAUGGCCGCCGCCGCCGCUGCCGCAGCGUCACUGAAGGAGGAUGAAAACAGUGUUGAUCUCGAUGAAGCCGGCCGAGCACUGGAAGCGCAGCUGAUGAGUGAUACCGACCAGCAGAAGGACGAGGAAGUGGAGGUUUCACCCGCCUCGGCUGUGGCCAGUGGAGGAGCUACACUGAUUGGCGAAAAGCGCACGUCCGUCGACAUGUUGGACGUGUUCCGUUACACGGACGGUGACGAUAGUAUGGAGAUGUCUUUCGGCGACAAGAAAGACCCAUUGUCGGGUUCUGUGAUCACCGCCACGACGGGUGCGUCAUCAUCCGAGCAUGGCCGCAAGGAGAAGAAGAAGAAAAAGAAGCGUGGUAAGGAUGAAAAGCAUAAGCACCAUCACAGUGGAAGCAGCAGUGGAGGCGUCAAUUCCACUGGAACGACUACCCCAAGUGUGUCUACCACGACAUCUCUCAGCGAAAAUGUGACGAAAUCCUCCGGUACCCUUCUAACGAAUACCGCCACCGGAAGCAUCAGUAGCAACGUUCUCUCGCCGAUCGGUGGAAAUUCCGGUGGUGGUCUGCAAACCACAAACCGACAUCCACCUCCGACCACGACUCCGGUUACUCCAUCUUCCAUCAAUAAACUGUCGCUGGACAUCAUCUCCGCACAGCAGGAGGACUCCAAGCACAACCUCAGCAAACCGUCGCCCAGUUUACCGUGUCUGUUGGACGAAAGUCCACCACCGUCGAACAAACAGCAGCUGACGGCACAGACGACGAGCACACCACCAUCUUCGGCCGCCAGUACAACCGCCGCCCCGGUGGAACGGUCAUCGUCGCCUUCGUCGCUGUUGCUUGCGGGUGUCGAUGGUGUACGCACGCGUGAGCUGACCUGCUCCACUCCAACGUAUGAGUUCGAGAAGAAAGCAUCGAUUGAUGAAACAACAACAUCCAGCAAGAGUACGGCGAAGCGAAAGAAAACGACGUCGUCCGGCACGGAAAAACUCGACGAACAGACGCAACAGCUACACGAGAAGGCCGUUAUGUCGAUCUCUGGCGAGAUGUUGGCCAGCAGCAGCGAGGUGGCCAGUGGCGGUGAUACGGUGUGUUCCAACGAUGACGAGCAGCUGACGGCUGCGGCGAAACAGAGGCAAGCGGAUGAAGCGGCCGCCAAGCUGCUGCUUGAGGAAAAGUCUCGUGUCGUCAUUUCGCAGGAGGAAACGGAAGACGCCGUGGCGGCGUUGCUGGGUGAAAGUUUCGGCACGUCCAAUACGCCCGACUUUUCCGACAUGUACAGCGAUCCGGUCGAGGAGGAGCAGCUCAAGUCGCCGAACACCGAAGAUGAACCACCGCAGAUCCCGGAGGAGGACGACGAAGAGAUGAAGAAGGCGAUCAUGAGCCUGAACGCGGAGGAGCUGAAACCGGACACACCCCAGUCGGAGCAAGAUUUGCAGAUCGACACCGACACGGAUGAUGCGCUCGAUGACGAUCAUACCGGUGGUAAUUUGCUGCGGUUCGACAAUCCACCGAAAACGCCCGAUGUCGACCUCAGCCAGAUCGGCAAACCGUUGAUUGAGGGUGCGAAAGCGGAUAAGGUGGACAAGUUGGUGGUGGCGGAAGGCACAGCAGGCGGCAAGAAGGACGAUUCGCUUGGAAGGUUGGAAAUGCCUGACACACCCGGCAAGCAUAUGGCACUGGCGAAUGUCGACUCACCGUCACAAGGGUCGGCGGAUGAAGCCACGAGCAGUAGUGUCGUCGUUAAACCACCUUCCCAUCGUCCGGACGCAACGACGACGGCACAGUCGAAGCCGUCGACGAAAGUGUCAACCUCUCCUUUGGGUGCACCGUCCGUUGUGAGUCAUCAUAAGAUCAUAACUCCAGCGUCGACGAUCACGAUCAUAAAGGAACAGCUGCGUCCGAUGGUGCCCUCUGUGCCGCAAACGGAGUUGAAACCGAUCACCGUCGGAUAUGCACCUCAGAUAUCGACCUCGGUUAAGCCAGCGUCUCAACCAUCGACCGUGGUAAGGAGUGGUGUUUCGAUCCCAACGACACCACCAUCAGCGAUCGCCACCAGCACUACCACGUCCGCGACAACCACCGUUCAUCGGCAGUACGUUGUGCAGACACCGCCGACGAUCACCAUUCCCGAGCAGCAUCCGAUCAUCUAUCAUGCGAUGCCAUCGGCGGCAGUGGACUCGUCAUCCCCGCGGGGACUACAAUCUCCAAAGCUGCAGAUAGCCUCACCACACUCACCGUUCGGAGGAGGGCGAACGUCCUCACCAACUACCACGACCUUACGGCCUCAUCCCAUAAUGGUGACCAACAACCGGCAUUCGCCGCAGCAGCAGCAGCUCAGUCCUGUGGUUCAACAAUCACCCGGAGGAGGAAGUCCUCAGGCGGCUAUGAUCAUCCACCAUGGUGGGCAUAUCGUAGUGCACUCGCCAAAUUCUUCCUCCACACCGAGUGGUGGACAAUCACCGUACCAUCAAAAGCCGACAGUGUCGAGUCCUGGCAGUGGUGGUCAGGUGAUAUCGCCACAGCAGCAACAUUACCAUCCACACCAUCUACACCCGGCUUCGAUCGCGCAACGGGGAAUGCCUCAUGCUGCGGGUACAACACCAUUGAAACCCUCGGCGUUGGUAACUCCCGGAAAGGUAAACGAUCCAUCGAUCAAGAACCAAUACAGUCCUUCGUCGGCAGAAGGAGGGGGUAAUCCGGUGGCUCGUAUCAUCACCGCGAGUGCUGCAGCAGCAAUGGUUGGGGGGCAAGAGCCAAAUCCAAGCAAACCGAACAUCGUACUCAACACUACACCGUCGACGUAUCUCAUGCAAACCUCAACCCCACGAAAACCGCUAGAUCCAUCGUCUAUGAAGACCAUCCAUCCGGCUGUAGUGACAUCGACAGGAGCGGGUACAGCAUCUCCUGCGGCGAUUCCUGUCAAGACAACUGUUCUGGCUCACCAACAGCAGCCAUCACCUUCAGUAAUCCCCCCUGUUGCUGCUAGCAAACAGGUAACAACCACCAGUAGUCCUGUGGGUUCUGUGUAUCAGAAAUCGAUGGCAACUGAACCGGUGGCGACAACCAUCAGUUCACCUAACAUUGUCCUAGCAAAAACAGCGGCGGCAGCGGUGUCUGGAAAUAACACGAUCUCCACGAUCAUGUCCAACCCGAAUCACCAACCGACCGUCGUGGUGGCGAAAUCGAUUGUUGUCGACCCGGUGGUGGUGCAAUCUGGCAAACCGUCCUCCAGUCCUACACAAUUGACUGCAUUGAAGUCCGACGCGGGCAAGGAGAACACUGGAUCGCGCAAGCAACCAGGAUCAUCGACACCAGUGAAGGAAGAGGGUAAACCAACCACGGUCACAUCGCUAGACGAGCAGGAAACGGACUCGAAAGAGGACAGCGAUUGUUGGUCGGCGAAGGAAAUCAACAUAGACUCGGUGAUCAAGAAGGUGGAUGCGCUCUGCUCGGAGGACGAAUCGGUAGUUUCGCAACCUUUGGACAAGGAAGCUUCCACGAUCGAUCUGGUGGCCAAGGGUACGGUCGGUGCGUUGGAGGAGACCAAGGUGAAGCAACAACUCGAUCCAAUCGCCAAGGAGAGUACUGCCAAGAAGGAAGUGACGGAUGUGAAACCGAUGGCCGUUAUCUCCGGUGCAGACGUGACGUUACCUUCAUCAGCAACGUCCGCAGCGAUUGCGGCAGCAAUAACACCGUUGCCGAUGGAUGAGGAAGAAUGUGACGAACAGUCGAGUGGAAGCAGUGCGAUCGAGUCCAUGGAAAAAGAAACCGUUGGCCGUGGUACGGGAAAACGGGGAGGACGUCGAGGUGGACGCAAGAGCUCGGAGAGCGGACACACGACGGUUGUCGAAAAGAACUCGGCCGAGACGGUUGAGUCCGGAAUACAAACACGCACCCGUGGAGGAAAGACUCCCGGUGGUGGCAAGCGGGGCCGUGGAGGACGAGGUGGUGCGAGAGGUGGUGCAGCUAUGGUCAGUACAACGCAGCAACAUGUUGCUGCUACACCGAACCUACCGGGACCGACCGCAGCAUUAUCGUCGACCGGUUCGUCAGCAGGACUACCGGCGGCCACUUCCACCCCGAAAGCCGCUGGUCGGGGGGCUCUUGCCGGAGUUGGGGGAUCGUCGUCCGAUAUCUACGAGUUCCAUGACGACUCGGGUGAGGAUGUGUCCAAUCCCGACAAACUGUUGUCACCGGCUUCCGGUGGUGACGGUGCUCGCCCACGGUUAAUUUUGACCAUCAAGAACCAGGCGGCCGUAACGACAGCCCCUGCGACCAACACAACUCCGACCACGGUGAUCGCAACAGCGACACCAUCGGGCACCAUUGCGACAACAACAUCCGUCCCGGUUACCCACCAGCAGGUGAUCACAGCGAUGGCGAACGUCUCAACCAGUAUUCCGUCAGUGGUGGUAAGCAUCUCUACGGUGUCCACACCCCAACAAACUACGACGGUGUCAACAACACCAGCGGUGGCACCUACAUUGCCAUUGUCACUCCCUGCCAGCGAAUCUGCUUCGGUUCAUCAGCAGCAGCAGCCACCAACAGCAGCUACCGGUGUCCUGGAGAUGGUGGUUGGCAAGGAAGAACUGGGCGUACUUCAUCCAACGGCGGCGUCGGUGGUUGGAAUGUCACCGGCGGCAGUUGCAGCAGCAGUUGCGGCAGCCAAUACACGGAAAUCCCGCCGUCUGCUGGAGAAAGAUGGCCGCAGCACGGUAGAUGAUAUAAUUGAGGAUGUCAUCCGCAACGGUCCGUCACCGAAGGUUGCCGGAGGAGCAGCAGCAAUAAUUGUUGGACCCCAGCAACAACCGGCGACUCCUCUGUCUGCACAAGGUGGUUCUCAGGCGGGCAAUAGUAUCGCAUUGAGUCAGCAGCAACAACAACCACCAUCCGUUGUAAGCGUACAGCAGGCUACAAGUGCUGGUGCCGUAGGAUCGAUGCAUUCGCAGCAGUUGGUAGUACCUCAACACCAACAGCAGCAACACGUACCCUCCCCGACGGGAGCUAACGAGCAAUUCCAACAGCAACAGCAGCAGACCUUGCAGGUUGCACCAACUCGUCGCACCACACGCCAAAAUGCCACUACGUUGAAUGGUAAUUCUACCGGACCGGGAGAUAUGCGCAAAUCGCCACGCAGUACAAGGAAGGCCAAGGAUCGUAAAAUCUCCGAAACAUCCACCGAUAGCAGUGACGAGCGACCUCCUCCGCAGCAGACAAGUAUCGCAAACGCCGCUGGCAGUUCGACGUUGGUGGGUGGUCUGAAAGAUCCACUUGGUGUGACGAAGGGUGACGAAAAACAGCAGACGACGGCGGCGGUAGCCCAAGGAGCCGUUGGUGGUGGUGGAGGAAGCCUGUCUGCAACGACACCGGUCACACCGAGCGUGCAGAUAACACGCCCGAACGAAACAGCAUCGCUAGCGGACAAAGCGAAGGAAAAAUCCAAACCGACGGCCGAUGAAGCGAAGGCGCCGGUGGCCGAAAUGUUACCGCAACCGAGUGCCCUCACGCUGAUCGAUCCGGUGACGGGCGAGUUGAUGCGCCACAGUACCAAGGAUGGCCAGUACGUGCCGCUUCCUCCGGCACCGAAUGCACCGCAACCGCUCAAGAAGGUCAUUGCUGCCGCGGCGAUACAAAGUGCGGCCGCUGCCGAACACCUGAAGUCAGUCAACGCUAUCGCUACCUCCGCCUCAUCUACACUACCCAAUCCUCCCAACAACACUGGCUCUUCGCCGACACCACCGAACCGUAACACCCCUCCGACCCCAACAUCGUCCGGUGGAAUCAUCAUCGGCAGUGGCAAGGCGACCACAAUCCCAUCGAUGGCAGGAGUGGGGCAGCCGGGUGGAAUAGUCGUGCAUCAACAACAGACCACUACAAAACCACACCCGCUGAAGGCGCACGUUCUGAACUCUCAGCAGGUACUCCAGCAGCAACCGAUUGUAAUAAAACACCAGCAGGCACCGAGUGUGAUCACGUCGCAACAGCAGCAAGUAUACGCGGCCGCAACCUGCACGCCCCCGAUGCAAACGACAAUGACGACAACGAUCACCAGCAAGGCGUCGUCCGUGCACCCAUCGGCGGUACCAGCUGUUACGUCCAUAUCGACACCGCUCAAAUUGACCACCAACGCCUCGUCAUCAUUGCACGGUCACCAGCAACAACAACAGCCCAUCUACAUACAGAAUGCACUCUCAGGACAGCAGCAUCCGCAUCCGAUGGUUAUUGGAAAGCAACAAGCCACCAUCGUUAGUGGAAAACAACAGCAAUCCACGGGCGGAAUUCAGCUGCAUCACCACACCGGCACGGGAAAUCUGCUACUGAACAUCCCGCCAGGAAUGCAUCCGGCGACCGCGGUCCAAAUGUCUCCACGACUACACCAACAACCGCAGCAGCCGUUGAUCGUUACCAAUGCGGGCAAACAUCAACAGAAACCUCAGCAACAACCGCAGCAAGUUCCACCGCCGCAGCAGAUCAUCAUCCACCGGAGCAAGGCAACGGCGGCUGGUGGUGGUGGUGGUGGCGAUUCGAGCCCAUUGCAUCAGCACCACGACCGUUACACGACCGUCCUGCAGAGUGGAGGGAAAAUCAUACAACAAGCCGGUACACCGACGACGGUGGCACCUCCUCCACCCGGCUCGAUGUUAUCGCAAAUGCAGCAACAGCAGAUCAUCACCAAACACCCUACGACCGGACACCCUACGACGAUACAGAUAUCAGCCGCAGGUGGCGGUGGUGGUGGUGUUGGUCCCGGCGGAGUGCUUCCUGUGCAUUACCAAACGGUACAGCAGCAACCGAUUUUGCACAAGGGUCCAAUAGCAUCCGUGCAACAGAAGAUGGUGAACGCGCAGCAGCAGCAACAUCAACAACAGCACCUCCUGCACUCGCAGCAGCAGCAGCAACAACAGAUGCAGCACAUGAUCGGUGGGAAGACUCCCAUCAUCCAUCAGGUGCCGAUGGGAGGUGGCAAAAUUGUGCAGAUCCAAUCGAACCCCAAUGUUAUGCCUAGCCAGCAGCAACAACAGCUGAUGCAACCUGUCGGCUUGACGAAGCUAUCCAAUCAUCACGUCUCGACACCGUCUCCUCCGGCACAGCAACACCAGCCGCAACCCCCGAUCAAGGGAAUGUCGCCGCAUCCGAUGCACCAAGCUCCGCAAAUCAUGACCGGUGCCGUGGCUAGCCCACCGUUGAAGCCGUCGCAUCUGCAGGGCCAGCAACCGAUCGUGACAGGAGCCAGCAGCACACGGGUGGCGUUGCCAACGAUGAGUCCCCAGGGUCCGUCGCCGCAAGGACCCCAUCCACCGCAGGCAUCGAUUCAACGGCACAUUCUCACACCGCAGGGUACCGUCUACGAAACGACCAACCUGCGUGGAGAUCUGAGUGGAUUCAUCAACCGUGGCCAAAGUCCUCCGCCGGCACACCAACAAAUGUCGCCCAUAACGCCAGUUCACGGCCCAGAUGGUGGCUUCCGGGGCGGUAUGCCGAGGGACUACGUGAAGUACAUAUAUCGCAGCAACAUCCCGAUACCGAGCAGGUCACCCAUGCGGGAGCUGCCGGAGAUGGAAGAAACGGUGGCCGCCAGUCCGCCGCUCGAGCUGCGCCGACCAUCCAGUCGCCCGCCGCACACCACGGCCGUACCGCUCAGUCUGCAGAGUCCAGGGGAUCGUGUAACCGAUUCGCCGCAAGGAGCGCAGGUCUACAUGGGAAGCGCAAGGAUUCCGCAUCCCUAUCCUCCGGAUACGCUGAACGCGCGCUACUACGAACCAACGAUCGGUGGUCCAAACGGAGGCCUUCGUGCAAUCAGCACGGAACCACCGCCAGCGCACCGACCGCACAAUCUGUCCACUGCACCGUACACCGGCGCUCCGUACUCGGUCACCCCGAGCCCAACGCCACCACCAUCGGCCUCGCCCGCCACCAUGCUCCAGCUGCAGCGUGAACGUGAUCAGCAGCAGCAGCAGCAGCAACAACAGCACGUAGCGGCCGCGUUAGUGGCAGCAGCUGGCCAGCGGCUCGUAGGCGACCGGGUCGUGUCGUCCGGGCCGCCGCCGCCAGGUAGCAGCUACUACUAUCGUACCGGCGACGGCGAACACGAGCUAACUGAGCAACUUCAUCCCGUCGCCCUAGGUCACGGAUCGUCGUCAGUGGGCGCUUCAGCGCCGUUACCGGCUCACACGGGUGGCCUGCUACCAGUGUCGGUGAUGGGUUCGCAGGGAGUGCCGAUUGUCACCGGUCGUAGCAUCCAGGUGGCCACCCCACCAGGGCCAGGAAUGUCCGUGCCCGUGCCUGUUCCGGUUGUAACGGCACCCGGACCGCCGCUGCAGACGGACUCACUGGAGGCGCUAUUGCAGCGUUAUCCGGUCAUGUGGCAGGGACUGCUCGCGCUCAAGAACGACCAGGCCGCGGUGCAGAUGCACUUCGUCUACGGUAAUCCCAACGUGGCAGGAAGUUCGCUGCCAAGCAACAGCGAUGGCACGACGCCCCCGUUGCGCAUUGCCCAGCGUAUGCGCUUGGAACCGGCACAGAUCGACGGGGUAGCUCGAAAGAUGCAGAUGGUAAACGAACACUGUAUGCUGCUGGCGCUGCCGUGUGGUCGCGAUCGGAUGGAUGUGCUACAGCAGCAGAACAAUUUGCAGACCGGCUUCAUCACCUACCUGCAGCAGAAACAGGCGGCCGGUAUCGUCAACAUUGCUGCUCCCGGCAGCGCUCAGGCAGCCUAUGUGGUCCACAUAUUUCCGUCGUGCGAAUUUGCCAACGAGAAUCUGGCCCGCAUCGCACCGGAUCUGAUGCACCGGGUGGCCAACAUCCAGUACCUGCUGAUCGUCAUUGCUACGGUGUAAGAUGAUGUGUGGGGGCCUCCAAGCCGCCACUCCAACCUCGGUGACCUCGAUGUAUGUACAUACCGAAUGUGACACACUCUCACACAUUAACCAGCCUACCUACUACAACUACUAUUACUACUAUUGUUGCUACUUCUACUUCUCUAAAACACUACCACCACCAUUUUCAACACUAGAAGACGAAAAAGGUUGUUUCGAAAGGUUAUGGAGUUCAGAUUAGGGGUCAGUUUGGAUUGAAACAAAACCAAACCAAAUACACAAACUCACUCAUAAUGUUUACUGCUUAAGCUGCAACGGUACGAAAAACCGAAAUAUACAGGAGGGAGGCGUAGUAGGCAAUGGAGAGAAAAUAAUAUUUAUUUUACAUCGCGCGCGCGUGUGUGUGUGUAUGCCAUCUCAUCAAUGAAGUAAAAGAUAGAAACAUGGAUUCCUCUCCCCCAAAAUGGGAAUGCCACUUGUGUCCAUCUGCAAAGUGACGAAUGGAAGAAGAAAAAAAGAAACUAGUUGUACAGUAAUAAAAAAAAAACACACAGGCAAACCACAAACAAUGCAUAGUAAGAGCGAAAAGGUAUGAAGCAAAAACAAAAAAGGUGUAAACUGUGAUUUAUCCAUAUUCUUAAGUAUUACUUCUGAAAGGAUACCACCAGCACUACCACCAAUGUUAGCACAGUUUAAAAACGUAAUACGCUUGAAACCGUUAAUGAAAAACAAUAAACGGUAGUGGGAGCGAGAGAAAUAGAAAGGAGAGGGUAGGCGCGAACCGUGUUAAGGGCAAAAUUGUCGUAAUGGGGGUGAACAGACGGAGCUUGCAAGAAUCAGAUAGCAAAGUGACAAUGGAACAUCGGGAAACUCCAAGCCUAAUAAUUAAGGUCAGGCAGAAAUUAAAGUCAUCAACCCUCUUUUGCCUGCCUGCCUUUGGUUUUCCUACCGAAUCACAAUUUGUUGUGACACACGAGAUGCGGUAAUGCUAACCCAAUUGCAAAGCGGUUCUUUCCCUUGUGACGAUAGGCUCUGCUUCUUUUUGUCAGAGAAAUGAGGCGGACACGCGCGCUUACCAAGCUGCUCUGUCACGAUACAUUCGCAUAGAAUGCGGAAUAUUAUUGGCUGUUGCAUGUAAAUCUUGGUUUUAUAAUAGUAAUGCGGGGGGAAAGAAUGUAGAAAUACCUACACAGCAAACCAGUGAGAAAGGUCUACCGCUUGUUUGCGCGAACGAAAACGAUCUCUAUCUCAGAGGUAGAGUUAAAUGUUAAAGGGAGAAAUGCCCCCCACUCACACACAUGCACAGAGACGACUACACCCCAGGAAAGGACAACCUCUUUUGGCAAUGUAUGCGUGUGUGUGUGUAUGUAUGAGUAUACUUGUGAGGACGUCACAAUAGUAGGUACAACUGUACAACGUAAAGCUACAUGUUAACGACGGUCGAACAAAAUCAUCGAUAGCACAGUUAAUUAAUCACUACUGAGGACGGUGACCACUUCUACUACUACUACUACUAUUAAUACUGGCUACGUCUACUACUAAUGGACACGACAAUGAAUCAAGACGACGAGGAACAUGAAGAGAAAAAGAGGACAAAAUCAAUAGCGAGCAAAACAAAGCACCACCUUUGCUCUUAUGAACAGGUUGAUGGUAGGCAAAUUUAUUAUACAACACAUAAACAACAAACACACGCAGCAACAAUAUAAACACACGUAUGAGAGGACUAACACACAGAAAGAAGGAAAACAAAAAGUAAUCUAUAAGGAGACAAAUAAACUUUAACAUGUGCUGUAAAAAGUAGAAAGAAGGAAGGUGGGGGCGGGAGAGACAAAUGCAUUGGUAACAUAUACCUAGUGUCUAAGGUUCGAUAUAAUGAUGUUGUGUAGCGUUAGACUUACGCGUGCGAGAAAAGUUAAUAGAAAAGGGAAAAAUAAUACACACACGACGGUAAGCGCGAGUGAGAGAGAGAGAGAGAGUUCUAGGGAUAUGUUGUGUAUACCACAUACCUACGAGUAUGUGCGUGUGUAUGUGUGUGUAUGAGAAAAGUUAGCGAAAGAAGGUGUACGAACUUUGAAGAGCAUUAGUAAUAUUAUUAUUAACGCAAUAACGAUCCGAUACAAACAGCAAAACACACGUUCAUUAUUAUAUAUAUACACGUACAUAUAUAUAUAUACACAUACAAAUAGAGAAAGAGAAAUAUUUGGGGUUACUUUAGAGUAGGCGAACAUGCGUAAUAGCACCCGCUGUCGGAUCCUAGCUUCUUGCGCGGGAGGACACGCACGAGAACGACAAAGGAUACGACUUUGGCAUGGCGCGCGCCAUGGGCUGUUCGACACGGUUCGCCACGACGUAAUCUACUAAUAUCCCGCCCCUCCGCUCCGUCGAUACUAAGUAGUAUAGCUAGAGACUAAGCGCCUAUAGCGGGGAAAACGUGGGCAAAUGGAACGGGAAGGACGAAAAAGGGUGUGGGGUGAAAAUGCUCGACGAAACAAAGCAUCUCUGUACGACACGAUUGAGACAGAAAAAAAUCCCUUGUCAUGAGCAACACCCUUGACCCGUUUGCAUGCGAAGAUGAAAAUGAUGGCGAUGAAAAAGAAGAAGAGAAGCAGUUGUGCGCAGGCUUUUCUUUCCCCACGCACUCGCCUCCCCCUAAGGAGGAGCGGUGGAAGUGAUCGUUUUUUUUACACUUCCUUUGGGCAUGUUCACUAAACAACUCCCCUCCCCCGAUAGUUUUUUUUUUCAUUCUUACUCGUUAUCAUUAUUUUUCUUUUGUUUUUCAAUAUGUGUAAGUACUUUAAAUGACUAUCGAUAAAAUCUUUGUACAUAUAAACUUUAUAAGAAGAUGAGAUAAAUAAAAAUCCAAACCCACAAAAAUUAAAACUCACAGCUAUUGAAACUACGAAAAUAAGGCAUCAAGCAAAACUGUUGUGGUACUGAAAGAAAGUAAUCGUCAGUAAGGUUUGCGAAUUACCAUCAAACCCCCCCCUGCCCUCGCGGAAGUUUUUUUCUUCUCUUAUUGCUUUCAGUUGCUGUUUUUGAUUUGUGACUCAAUACAAAUGUUUGAAUAAUACGUCACGGUGAAACAAAACGGUGCGUAAAAAUCGAAACUAAAUUAAAUAAAGCGUAUGAAUAAUGAGAUAAAUUACCUGUGUAAAAUAACAAACAGAUUAAAGAACGAUUGUUCGCAUAAAUAACCGACUUAAAAUACGGCAAAGCCUGAUGGGCAUAGAAUGUGAAAAUUUUUGGUUUUUUGUUUUGUUUUCGUUUUGUUUUCACCGUUCACGUACCAGGCCGUAAAAUGUAAUUUUUCAUUGUUUAUUCUGUUUGUUUGUCCUGCACUCUUUCUAAGUAUGUACAGAAAUUAAAGUCCAAAUCAUGGAGUUCCACAUGGUGGAAAUGAAUUUUAACGUUGUUUUUUUUUCUCGAGAUGCGACACAUGAUCGUAUGAGAUAUAUGGUAGAAAGUUGGACAACGGAAGGGUAUGAUGUUCCAUUGUUUAAUUUUUUGGACAAUGAUCGAUUUCCACGAUCGCAAUCGAGGGCGGAAGAAAGCUCUUGAAGGGUCUUACAAGAGUUAUAUUUUUUUAUGCAGGAAACCAAGCCGAGGUAGUAUGGAAUCCCCGCGCGCUGUACGACGGUGCAUUAUUGGAACGCAAGGGAUAGUGAAUAUUAAUAUGGACAUUUUAGAUAGCAUAAUUGCCACAUUAAUAGCACUAAAGUUACUAAUAUAUGUAAUGGGUGUCCAAUUUCACGACACUGUUUGGUGAAAGGUUCUUUUUUUCAAUUUCCUUGAUUUGCUGAUUGAAACCCUUCUAAUACCAACUAGAAAGUGUUGAAACCCAAUCACAAAAGGUAAAGCAGAUCGGCCAAUGUAAAAGAUAGGAUUCAUGCUCUCGCCCUUCUAAGGGUUCAUCAAACAAUAAUGGUUCAAAGUAGCGCAACUAGCAAAUCAAAAAAAAAAAAAAAAGAAAAACGAAAUAAAAAUUAAA